AUGGAACUCCCUCAGUUCAAGAAGUUCCCUGCUGAGAUUCGACGGAAAAUCUGGCUCUCGGCCCUACCCUCUCCACGGAUUUACGAGCCGGAUAACAUGGCCGAGUACUGGUCCUUUGACAAGCCGACUCGCUUCUUGCACGAGUACUCUCCUCCCCGCGUCAGAGAGGCGUGCAAGGAAGCAUAUGAGGCCUGCAUGUCGGUGGGCCACUUCACCUUUGGCUGCUUCCGUAACACCAACAUUCGCGGUCUGUGGUUCAACGACACCCAGGACGCGAUCUACUAUGCGACCUUGGAACAGUGGUACCAGACAGAGUUGAAGGCCUCGGAAAAGACAAUCAUCUCUAUCGAAGUUGCCCUGGAUGUAUUCCUGGAGACCGGAUUUGAGAAUGAGAGUUUUGCUGCAUGCCGCCAUCUCGUCGUCGCGCUGUAUAUCGACAGCCGUUGUCCCAUUGCAUCUGUCCACAUGGAUGAGCUCCCGAGGAAGCUUUCGGUGUUUCGAGCCUUGGACGGGAGGAACUACCUCACCUGGGCUGAGCUUAGGGACAUGCUGUUGAAGACGAGAGAGGGGAAGAUUCUCGCAAACGCCGGCAAGCCAGGCAUAUACAAGGGAACCUUGAUCCUGGAGGCCGUGGAGGCUUUCAGAAAGGGAGACAACCGGGAUGAUCCUGAACGACUCUUUUAG